GAUUUGUCACAUAUUGACAUAUUGUCAUUUCAGCUAUAAUUUGUGAUGUCGUGUAAUUUGCUUGUAAUUUUAGUGAUAUAAUUAUAUUAAGAAAAUUAACAAGAGACAGAAUAUAAUACGUUGGUGAAGUAAAAAGUUGUUAAGGCACUAUAAUAUAAGUUACAAAUACGUUGCGACUUCCAGCUUAACUUUUUUCACAAAAUCUUGUGUAAGUAAAUAAAAAAUUGUGUUAAUAAUUGAUUAUCAUCACGGCGGAGCGAAGCAGCAGUAUGCGAAGGGCUCGGGAUGGCUACCAGUAUCAGCCCAUUCCAAGGGCUGCAACAGACGAUGUUUUUGAGCACGAAAAUGAGCGAAUGGCUGAAGAGCUCAGUGGAAAAAUUACCACCCUUAAACAUAUGUCCAUAGAAAUUGGAAACGAAGUUCGAUUACAAGAUAAAAUAUUGCGAGGAAUAGAUGAUGAUGUCGACCGAAGCUCAGGCUUUCUGGGCAAAACUAUGGGUAGAGUUCUCAAAUUGGGCAAAGGAAAUCACAACUAUUACAUAUUUUAUUUAUUUCUAUUUUCAAUAUUUGUGUUUUUCUUACUUUAUAUUGUAUUAAAGUUUAGGUGAUUUGUUUUAUCCUAUGUUGUUAUCAAAAUUUUAUUUAAUUUUGUAAAUAUUUUCAUUAAAUUGGGUGUAAAAAUAAAAGAAAAGAAAACAUU